AGGAUUCCUAUUAGAGUUGCUAGUUUGAGGAGGCAGUAUGUCUUGAUGUUCUGUUAAUAAACUCUUAGAAUUUAGUGGGUACUUGGAGAAGAUUCCAACUCCAAGCCCAAACCACAAAUAUAAUCAAAACUGUCAGUUGCACUUAAUCCAUUGGAAAUUCUAAAGCGAAUAUGUUUAUUAAAUUUUGCCGUAUGAGGAUGAUGUUAUAAAUACUGUUCUGUACGUCAGUAAUAUUUCAUCCUAUCAAUUAGUCAUUUAAAAAAUACUGGUAAUUCUAUAAUUGGCUUUUUAAUGGCUAUAGACUCACCUUGAAGGGAUGAAUUAAUUUACUGAACUAUUCACCUGCUGAUUGUACAUUCAGAUUAUUACUAGUUUAAAAAUUUUUUUACCAAAACUUUUUUAAAAAGUUAAAAAAAAACUUUCUGUGGUUAAUAUAAAAAGAAUUUUUAACAAAGAUUCUUAGCAUUGGAAUUUCUAGAUCAACGAGAAUGAAAAAUUUUAUUGUAUAGAUAAUUCCAAAUUACUCUCUAAAAAGGAUGUACAGAUUAUCUCCUUAACUACCCCUCCACCUGCAUAACAUAAUGGCUAAUAUUUCUUAAGUGUGUUUAUUUGGGAAUGAUGCCCCACAAUGUAAUAGCAUACCUCAUCAUUUAAUGGCUCUCAAAUGCCCUUCGUUUUUUAAGGAAAUGUUUGUAUAUAUUUGAAGCCUCACCCCUCUCGCUUCCCUAGGCUCCUGAGGGCAGCGAUAUUCCGUCAGCCCGCCCCUUCAACAGGUCCUUGACCAACCUCAUCCAGACCGGCCUUCCUCAUUCCUAUCCCCGCUCGACGUCAUUCCCAACUUUCACCAGGGCUCGAAGUCGUGUUUCGCCCACGGUUUGACCGCCGCCUCUCUAACACUUCUCGGCUCUUAAAAACGUCCGAAGGCUCCUUAUAGCAUUAUUAGCUGUUGGUCUCAGCGCCGUACGGGACUGCACUUCCGGAAAGAUGGCCGCCCCCAUGGCACUCCUCCGGUGUGACUCAUGGGCGCCGCCAUCUCUCCAUUUUGUACGAAAGGAUCCAGCCCUCGCCGCCACAACCUUAGAUAGGCUUCAGAUUGUGAAGAGUUAUUCAGUACAGUGCUUCCGACCGACAACGGGGAGGGAAAGGCAGGGAAGUGUCCCAAAGUGGCUUCAAUUCUCUGAGCUCUGAGCCACAGCCUCCAUGGUGACCACUUCCGGCCCAUCGCCGGGGUGGGCGUGGCCACGUUGCGUCAUAGAGCUGGGCUAGAGGCCAGAACUCCAACACCCCCAAAACGCGCUGAGGUCCGGCCAGGUCAGAAGCGUCCCUAGCGACAGCCAGAGAGGGGACUAGGGCGCGAGAGUACGACUGGGGAUCAUUCUGGAAGUGAGUUCAGUCUUUGGUAGCUGCCAGGAGCCUUGAGAACCUCAGCAUCAGAAUUGAGGAGCAUCAAAGAAAAGCGGAUAUUGAAACUGACCGGGUCCCGGAUCUCUAGUCCAGGUGCUGAGAGUAACGUGAUGCUAGUUGGAGACCGAGGGAGAAUGAAUUUACCCAGAGGUCAAAGAAGAGUUGCUGUAGGGGUCUGUGGCUUUGGGGGUUUAGAAAAGCUACUGGAAAAUAAGAGAAGUUUGUGGCUAGAAGGAAAUCCAUGGUAACUCCACUGAAUUAACGACCUUAUAAUUCCUUAGAAUCAAGUGAAGUAAGGAGAAGGAAGUUCCAGGACCAGCAGAGCAUCACUUGUGGGGAUAUCAUUAACUUGAGAUGUGAGAUCUACGAACAGAAUUUGAAUGACAGUCUAGAAGUGUAUAGAAACCAAGAGAUCCCUGUUCCUGGCCAUCUUCUAAGAGCGGAAGAAAAUGACCAAGGUCCAGGGAUCACUAUUAUUUGAAGAUGUGGCCGUGGACUUCACGUGGGAGGAGUGGCAGCUCCUGGCUCCCGACCAGAAGGCCCUGUACCGAGACGUGAUGCUGGAGAACUACAGCCACCUGGUGUCCGUGGGGUUGCAAAGUUCCAAACCAACUGAAAUCUUCAAACUGAAGCAAGGAGACCAGCCAUGGUUAGAAGAGGAAAACACCCCUGGUCAGAACUCACCAGAAGUUGGAGAAGUUGAUGAUCAUAUGCAGUGGUACUUGGAAAUCCAAAACAAGCUUAAAAAUGUGGAAAGAGGCCAUGAACAUGGUUCAUCGGGAAAUAUUUUUCAUCUGCACAGAAAUCUUGUUACGUUAAGGCAAAGCCAUGAUAACAUACUGAACUCUAGUUUAGAUUUAACUAACCAGAAUAAAAACUGUGUUGUGAAGAAAUCUGGUAAGAUUAAUAGAUAUGAGAAAUCAUUUCUUCAUACUAAGCAUGAAAAAAGUAACACUGGGAUUAAACGCAGUAAGUAUGGAAACAGGACCAGCACGAAUCCAGAACUCAUGAUCCAUCAAACGGAAAAAGGAAAGAAACAUCAUGCAUGUGUUGAAUGUGGCAAAUCCUUCAUCAAGAAGUCUCAACUCACCGUACAUCAGAGAACUCAUACGGGAGAAAAGCCGUAUAAAUGCCUUAAGUGUGGUAAAGCCUUCUGUCGGAAAGCAGAGCUCAACAUACAUGUGCAGGUUGAAAGAGGAAUUAAACCCCACGGAUGCAGUGAGUGUGGGAAAGCUUUCUUCAGGAAGUCUCAGCUCCUCGUUCAUCAGAAAACCCACACAGGAGAGAAACCCUAUGCAUGCAGCGAGUGUGGGAAAGGCUUCAUCCAGAAGGGCAAUUUCCUCAUACAUCAGCGGACUCACACUGGCGAGAAGCCCUACAGGUGCAGUAACUGUGGGAAGGCCUUCAGUCAUAAGCCGUGUCUCGUCGCACACCAGGUGUUUCACACCGGAAAUCCUCCCUAUGUGUGUGGUGAAUGUGGAAAAGCCUACUUUCAGAAGUCAAGUCUCAUUAGACAUCAGAGAGGCCACACAGAAGAGAAACUCUAUAAAUGUGGUGACUGUGGGAAAGGUUACUCCACGAAGGCAAUCCUCAGUAGACAUCAGAGAAUCCAUACGGGAGAGAAACCGCAUGGAUGCAGCAACUGUGGGAAAGCCUUCUUCCACAAGUCCUCCCUCACGAAACAUAAGAAAACUCAUGUGAAAGAGAAAGGCGUAGACUCAGUCAAGGUGGAAAGUGAUUCCUGUGGGAAUCAGAGCCCACGUACCACAGAAUCCACACAGGAGAAAAACUCUGUUAAAACAGUGACAGUGGAUGUGCCUUCCAUGGCAGUCCCGACGUCAGUAAACAUCAGUGCGUUCCUAGCCCAAGGGAACGUGGUCCUGGUGGGACAGCCUGUGGACAGAUGUGCACUCUCGGGAGAUAACAGGGGAUUUGCCCAGGAGAGAAACCUAAUGAACGCAGUAAAUGUCGUAGUGCCUUCAGUUACCAGUUACAUCUUAUUUUAUGUCCCAGGAAACAUGUAGGGAAGAUUUGAUACAUUAAGUGUGGAAAAGCCUUUUGAUCAAAGUUUCGGCUCUUUAUGUGGUUGAAAACUUUCACAGAGAGGAUGCCAAUGAAUGUAAUGGAAAGAUAGACUUCAUUAAGUAUCAGUGGCUCUUAGUAGGUUGAAUUGUAGUAAGCUUGGCUUAAAAGUCAUCAAUAAAUUCACAUCAGAAAGAGGUUUUAGGAAGGUUGUUGUGUCGGGUCCUUAAGACCACCCUCACUUCUGAUUAUUCUCUAAAAGCACUCAUUAAACUCAUAAAAGCUGCUCUACCUAUGAUUACAGUUGAUCAUAGUGAAAAGCUACAAAUAAAAAUUAGCAAAUGCAAAAGGAGCAUAAGGCAGAAUUUAGAAGACACCAGGUCCAUACUUUCCGUUGUCCUCUCAGUGGAGUUGUAUGGACCGUGCUUAAUUCUUCCAGCAAUAACAUGACAACACUCAGGGGUUAUUGGCCACCAGGGAAACUCACCUCUGCUUUAGCGCAGGGUUUUUACUGGGGGUGAGUUAUGUCGGCCUGGAGAGAUCACGUGACUGAUCUUAACCUCUCAAAUGUCAGCCCCCUAAAGGUCAGAAUGAUACAGCAUGGCCCAAACCCCAGGUACCCAGACAGUCUGGCCAGGCAGGAUAAGAACCUUUAAGGGCUCAGAGGGUCAUUUCCAGGUGCCAGUGAAGUUUCCUUCCUUUCUGUGGAAUGUGCAGGGUCCAAACACCCCAAACCUGCCAGGUCAGCCCUUCGCUGCGUGGCAGUGCAUAGCACAAGGGUUUCCGUAACGUUCCCCAUCAUGUGUCAGAAAUAAAUGUAGAUAUGCUCAGUAUGUAGACCCUUUAGCAAAACCUCAGGGAUCUUACAAAGGAGAUAAGCCCAUGACUGCAAUAGAAAUUUGGACACUUGUCCUAAGUCUACCCUCAUUUUUCAUCAGAUUAACACCCUUAACGUGUAUUUUGAGAUCAGAUCCCUUGAGCUCUUCCUCAGUGCUGUGUGGGACACCCCAUAACUCACGAAGGUGGUUUCUGGACCAUAUCGCAUUGUUAUGUCUGCAUCUUCCAGCACCUUUGCUGAAUUCUUUUGAAGGCUAGUUGCUAGGCCAGUCCACCCACAAGGGGGGAGUUGGGACUCUUUGAGGGCCUUGUGAGAGUCAGAAUGACAGAAUAAUGAUUUUCAAGAAAAAAAGACAUCCUUUGCCGAGAGUUGCCAUGAUUUCCUGCUUAGAAGGUGCUUGAAGGGAACCUGGUGCGUGGCCUCUCAUGCCCAGCCUGGCCUGCAGAGCCAGCCUUUUGCCCUGGCACUAGUAUCCCAGUAUAAUCUAGUUCCCCAGUCUUCUCACUGGAGAGCUGGCCGGGAGUGUCAGCAGGUGGGAGUGUGGCCGUGGAGUCCCGCGGAAGG